GCUAAACGCAAGAACUUGGCCCUUUUUGCAAUGGCAGUAAUGCCGGUGUUAGUUGUACUGUGUUCUGCCUGGCGUAGCCAGAUUUUACUCGGUCUUGUUACGUUAAUUUCGCUUUGCGGUGCAGACACGGAGGUCCUAAGUAUUGGGUCAGGUGGGGAUAAAUUUAAGGUUGAGGGUCGCGCCAUUGUGCCGGGUAUACGGCUGCAAGAUUGGGUGAGUAGUGCCCGAGUCUUGGUGGAUGGAGAAGAACACGUCGGCUUCUUAAGGACAGAUGGCAGUUUUGUGGUUCAUGACGUACCAUCUGGCUCCUAUGUUGUAGAAGUUCUUUCUCCAGCUUACCGCUUUGAGCCAGUCAGAGUGGAUAUCACUUCCAAAGGCAAGAUGAGGGCAAGAUAUGUAAACCACAUAAAAACCUCAGAAGUAGUCCGCCUGCCUUACCCACUUCAAAUGAAAUCUUCUGGGCCGCCGUCCUAUUUCAUUAAGAGAGAAACCUGGGGUUGGACUGACUUUCUGAUGAACCCAAUGGUAAUGAUGAUGGUCCUCCCUUUGCUGAUCUUUGUGCUGCUUCCUAAGGUUGUGAACACAAGUGACCCUGAAAUGAGAAGGGAAAUGGAACAGUCUAUGAACAUGCUGAACUCAAACCCAGAGCUUCCUGAUGUUUCCGAAUUUAUGACCAGACUUUUCACCUCAAAAUCUUCAAGCAAAUCCAGCAGUAGUGGGAAAACGGGGAAGAGUGGGAUUGGCAAAAGACGAUAGUGCUUGUUGCCCGACAUCAACUCAGACUUAACCCAUGAAAUUCUGCCACAGCUAACUGCAGGAAUUGAGCACAAUGUCUGCAGCAGCAUGGGAUGUUCCUACAUACCUUAUUGCACUCGAUAUACUUUUAGUUAGGAAAUUUCUUUUAGGUCCAUAUCUGGUUAGGCUUCAGGUUUAAGUAUCUGCAAUGUUUUGUGCAUCAAAAUUAUUAAACUUGAAUGCUCUAUUGCCUUUGUGGAAAAUAAAUACUAAAAUAAGCUAAUUGUUCUUACUUGGAUUUAUGUACAUGAAGUCUCUUGUAAAGUACCUAGUUGUGUAUGCUGAUUUGUUAUCACUAAUGCUUGAUUUUUGCUUAGUGUCACAUCGUGCGAAAGGCAGAAUUCCGGGAUUACACACAUGGUGGUCUGAAUAGUUGUAAUAAAAAUCUUGGGAAAUGGGAAACAUGAGGUUAGUGGGGAUAGCUUGAAGUCUAAAUGUAAUUUAGUAAAACAUUUGCAAGAAUGUAUCAUAUCUAUGUGGCCUAGAAUGCAUAGACUUCCAACGUGCAAUUAUUUAUGUCCCUUUAUCUGAAAAAUGGUAAUUUGAAAUUACGGUUUGUAGAGAGAAUCUGCUACAACUCCAUGCCUGCUGAAAAGUCCUUUAUUGUAUUAGUGAAUUUGAUUAAUAUUUGAAACUGAAAUAAUAUUAGAGCUGUGUGUGUGAACAAUGUUAUAAGUUAAUUAAAGAAAAAAUUAUGGAGAGAC